AUGAGGGCCAAAGCCUUGGGAAGAACGCUAAAAAAAGAGGAGGGAGUCGCGUAUGUCGACGCGGCCGAGUACAAGGGAAAAGGAGCCAUGGCAGCGGCGGUGGUGAACGGUGAAGGACACCUCGUCGCGAGCUGCAGCGUGAAGACCGACGACCCGGAGACGGCGGAGGAGGUGGCGGUGGCGCUCGCGCUAAGGACACCCGGCGUCAAGACAAUCGUGUGCGACUCGCAAAGCGCGGUUCGCAACUUCGCCAAAGGAAGAGCAUUGUUUUGCGUGGGAAGCGCGCCCGGGUUCAUCAAUGUUCUCCAGUUUCAAGAACUUUCAGAUGCCUCAUUCACGCCCCACGUACCUGCUGACAACGAAGAAGAGGUUGUGGCAAUCCUGUAUACGUCAGGGUCAACGGGUCUUCCGAAGGGCGUGGAAAUUUCGCACAAGGGGUACUGUUCAGCGUUUCACACCUUGAGGCCUGCUGGAGCUUGCACUGAAGAGGAUGUCUUCCUUUGUUGGAAUCCUUUCACCCACGGGGCGGGUUUUGCAAUAGCCAUGUUUUGCAUGUUUUCAGGAGCAAAAUUAGUCAUAACCGAUCCUUUGAUUCCGUACAAAGCUUUCCUGCAGGUUCUCAAAACUCAUGAGGUAUCUUUUUUUAUUGGUAUCGCAGGAUGGAUGCAGCAUAUUGUCAAUGGAGUCAGAAAAAACAACGAUAGUGUGCCUCGAGUAAAACAAAUCUUGAUAGGUGGUUCAGUGAUUCCGCCUAAGCUUCUACGGGAGGUUCGUGAAAUCUUCGACGUCGAAUCACUUCUCAUUGGCUACGGCUUGACUGAAACGUUUGGCUUAGCGUGCACCUCACCUGUUGGACAAAUUGCCUUCGAGAACAGCGCAGUUCCUCUUGCCGGUGUUAAAAUCAAGGUUAUGGACAUAACCAGCGGAGACUCUCUCGGCCCCUAUCGUAAUGGCGAGAUUGCGGUUCAUGCCAAAGGCGUCAUGAAGGGCUACUAUGGGCGUCCUGAAGCUACCGCUGAAGUCUUGAGCAACGAUGGAUGGUUGCGUACAGGAGAUUUAGGCUACUACGACGCUGAAGGACGGGUUCAUGUUAUUGAGAGAUUGAAACAGAUGAUAAAAUGCAUGGAUAAUGUCGUCACCCCUGCGGAGCUGGAAGAAAUUUUGAACGCCCACGAGGCUGUCGCAGAGGCCGCAGUUGUGGGCGUUCCAAGCUCCAAGUAUGGCGAGGCUCCAACAGCCUGCGUCGUUGUCAAGGACGGCUUCGAGAAAAACCUCGAGAGUCUGGCGACAGAACUGAAGGAACUCAUUGCUGGUCAAGCAGCAGUGUUCAAGCAGCUGUAUGGAGGCGUUUUUUUUACGAAAUCUCUUCCCAAGUCCGAUAGCGGAAAGAUCCUGAGAGAAGACCUCAAAACAAAGGCUGCCCAUGAAAUAGAGAAGUUGAAAAAAUAG